CUAACGUUAAAACAUUUUUAUGACUCCGAUGGGGAUUUAUUACUCAAAAACUUGGUCCCCGUAACUAUUCAACCUUUCUCCGAUGACUCUCGGAUGUUGUCUUUAUCUGAUCGCCUUGAGACUUUGCGGGGUCAUAGAGAGACUCUUCGGCUACAAGCUUUGGCUCUUGAGGCUCCUUAUGAUCAGGAUGAUGUGGUUCCUGACCGCAUGUUCGUCAUUAUGGGCUCGAUUCGUGGCGAAAUUCGAAAUCUGGAUGAGAAUAUUGCUAAGGUGCAAUCCCAACUUGAGGAUAUGUCAUCAGUUCAACGCUCUAGUCGUUCAACUGAUCUGGCUAUCCCAGUGGAUUGUACGUGCUUUGUGGACCUGGACGUAUCCAGUUUGAAAAAGUUCGUCCCCGAACUUCAGGCAGAUUCCGAUAUUUGCUUCUCAGAGUUUUGGAGCAAACUCACCAUCUUCGCCCAAAGCCACUCCCUGUCUCACGAACACAUCAAGUUGGCGUUGAGUACCUUGACUCAUGCGGAUUACUUCGACACGUUCAGAGUAAUCAAAGAUCAACCUCUGAGAAUCAUUGUUGAUACCAUGGCUACACGAUUUUCAAAGAAAGAUUAGCCCCAACUAAUCAUGAAUAAGCUAUCUCAUUUUUCCCGGGACACCAAUGAAACCAUUCAUAGGGCUAUGUUAAGGGUAAUGUUAUAUAUAGAUCAAACUGCUCAUCUAUUUCCCCUUGCCAGUCGGGAAGGUAGGUCUCAUUGUGAACAAUUGUCCACCCUCCGUAAGAUAUGUCCGACCGAGGUUUGGCUUCGUCUUGAGGAAAAGACAUGGUCAGACAAUCGACACGGUGUCCUGACCCCGAUCUCAGAGCUCAUCGAGUUGGCUGAAAUGGUUGAGGCCUCGUCAGCUCAACGGGAGUUUUCAUCUAUUUCGGCCCUCGAAAUGAACGAACUCCAAUCCCACCCUAAAGUCAAAUUCCGUGGAAAUGUGCGUGAUCGUAUGCGUUCCGAUUCCCGUGAUCGGGCUCAACGAAAUCGUCACAACGCAUUUGAGAAUGCUCGAGGAAUUCGAUCGCACUCUACGCCGGCAAUAGCCAAUACCAAUCCUACCCUCCCUUCUGGGAACAGUCCACGGCCAAUUGCGCCUCGACCCUUUUCCCCGCAACCAUCCCUCAAUAGAGUGGAGCUUCCUAGCCGUCGUGACGGUUCCUGGAGUACAGCUCCACACUAUCCAGUUCGCUCUGGCCCUGAGCACGAGCUCCAAGGUACCCAAACCUCGCACCGAUACGGACCCAUUGAGUAUGAUCGAUCCAACCGACGAUAUUCUGCAACCCACGAAGGGUUUCGGCCUCAGAGCCAAUAUCAGAAUUGGCCCAAUCAUCAUACCAAUGGAUCCUUUCCGUAUGGGCCACCCCCGGCCCCUGAUCAUGACCAAUUUUGGUCCAUGCAAUCAUUUCCGGCGCAAACACGUCAGGUGACGUACGUCCCGUCCCGAGGACAUUACCGAGGAGGCAUUUCUCCCUCCUAUCGAGGACUGGGGCGGGGAAACAACCGUUUCUCGAAUCGGAGUAUCCCCUCGGUUACCUCUACUUUUCCUGGAUCCGAGGACUCAGAUUACACAAUCUUGUGUCAUUUCAACACCCUAACAUUCGCCGAUUCUUCUGCUGGGCUUCCGUUCCUUUCCGUGAGCAUCGGCGAAAACCGUGAUCCGGUAUCUGCAUUAAAGGAUUCGGGGUCCAAUGCGACAGUGAUUCGCGAAGACCUUCUACUUGAUAUCGAAAUGAAAUAUACUCCUCAUUGGUUCAACACUCCUCGCACGUUUAAGUGUGUCAAUGCCAAUUCCUCGGGUUCCAUAGUGGGCUCCGUUUUCCUUAGUUUGACUUUCCAUGGUAGCAAUGAUGAGACUAUAUCAUUUUACCAUCCUUGCCUUAUUGCCACUGAUUUAUCCAAACCUUUCAUUAUUGGAAACGACAUACUGGGAAGCGCUUAUAAGCUAUACGAAACACCAGAACAACUAGUUUUCAACCGUUCUGUUUUUGUGGAAAGAUCCUUAACACGUAAUGCUUCCAAGUCUCAUUUUUUUCUGUGGAAUUCCCAGUUCCCAUUCAUCAAUCCAAACGACUCAGCGAGCAGCUAAAAUGUUCAGACGACGUCAUUCUCCAACCCAACAGUAUGUUUGUGGUCAUGUGCCAUCUCCUUUUAGACCCUGGACAUGAAAAUAUUCCUAGCACGACGUUGCUUUCCCUUCAAGUCCACCCCACUUUUUCCGAUGUCAUUGAAUCACCUUCCAUAUACUAUACUAGCAGUGAUGUCAGCGUUGGCGAGGCGGGAGACCUUU